AUGGACAAGAAGGCGCUCUUCUUUCCGUGCGGCCUCAUACUCGCAAGCAGCUACCUGUCCACUGCGACGCCCUUCGAGCACUCGUUUGCCCUCGACAAGCCCCUGCACACCGCCUGCCUCGUGCUGCUGCUGACCGGCCUGCUCGUCGUCGCCGCUGAAGCCGCGCCCGGCCGCCCGCACCAGCCACAGCUGCCCGCGCGAUAUGUCGCGAUACCGCUUGGCGACGGCCACGCCAGACCGCCCGCCGAGCAGCACUGGACCGACGCGGGGCUCGUUGGCCGCAGAAAGAGCUGGAGCCUCAGGGCCGUCGGCGCCCUGCUCGCUGUGCUGCUGCUCGCGCUGUGCGGCCGCACUGGACUCUUCUACCUCACCGUCCGGGACGUCGAGUGCACUGGUCCCUCGCCCGUGGCCUUCCUUCCUGUCGUCCUCGCCCUCUACCACAGCCUCCGCCAUCCCUCACAGCGUCAGUACCCCGCCUGGAGCGCCGACUCACGUCCAAAGACGCUGCUCGAGCGCGUCGUCAGCUUCACAUAUGGCAACUCGACGCGCUACAUCGUUCCGUCCAUCCUACUGGCGAUCAGCAGCUUCCUCGUCCUGAUCAAGACCAGCGCCCUGCGCUCCACCUACAUCUGCCCCGUCUCGAACUCCACGGCAGCCCUCGUCCCCACCCUGCAGUUCGCAGGCUUCGUCCUCGACACCGUCAUUGUCCAAUUGCUAUAUCGCUUGGUCGACGACGGAAUCUCUCCAGUCGAUGACUGGACCAUCCAGCUCCAGGAUGGCACGUCGAACAAUCUGCUGAUUGGCUUGACCUUCAUUGCUUCAUCGUUAGUUCUUGUUGUUGCUGGCAUUGUUGUAUACCCAACCAUGCCUGAGUACCGCGAGUGGAUGCUCUCAUUCCCGUCUGAAUAUCUGCUUGGUUUGUUGCGUUUAUCGUUGAUGAUACCCUUUAUCACCGUGUGCUUUUUGAAGUCGGCACGACUCUACGGCGUUUUGAGCGCGGUGCUCACUGUUGCAUUUUCCUCUGCAUACAUUGGCGUUCUUCGUGCACUCGGGACCGGCGCGUCCCACGCAUUUCCUCCCAAGUCCACAGUGAGCCUUGUACUGUGUUUGACUCUUCUCACCAUUGCUCUCAUCCUUUACCUGGUCACAGACACCAACAUUGAGUCUCGCAUACGCUCCACCGUACCGGUCCGACUGGGCAGGAACCAGUCGGCGACAUUUGUCCUAAUUCUCAUCGGCUUCUCCGUCGGCGUUGUCAUCUACCGCCGCCAAGAACCCAUCCUCGAGCAUCCCGUCACAUUUCUGAUUGAACAAGCGAGCGUCCACCAUGAGAACUGGGCGGCGCAAGCCUAUCGCAGCCAGUCUCUUGCCCAGGCGGUCGUCAAUUACCAGCAGCGCUACAAACGGGACCCUCCGCCAUAUUUCGACAAGUGGUACCAGUUUGCUGUCGCGCGGAACUCCAUUGUGAUUGAUGACUACGACAGUAUCGAAGAAGAUCUCGCACUGUUCUCGUCGUAUACUCCGGACGACCUGCGUCUGCGCACAGCCACUGUACUGGCUACUCAUCAACAAGUCGGAGGCGUGCGCAUCCGUGAUGGAUCGGCAGAUGCAUUAGGCAACGUGCCCGACGAGUCCAAAUGGGUUGUCGACGGCGCUACAAGCAUGAUCAAGCAGUUUGCUGAGUUUCUCCCUGACAUGGAUCUUGCCUUCAACCUUGGCGACGAGUGUCGAGUCGCAGUACCUUUUGAGCGUCUGCAGAACGCUCUGGGCAACCCGCAACGAUACCCCGUACCCGAGCCAUCUCGAGCUCGUCUUGACUUCAGCAUUGACCGCGCAGAUAGGUGGCCUCACAUCGACAACAUACGCAGCGACCCAAAAUUCUUCGAAGACGCCCGACUCAAUCCCUCCUUCCAGACAUACGGUUCGAUAGCUUGCUCUCCCGAAUCCCGUGCACGUAAAGAACGACACUGGAACACAAGGACAUUCUGCCCAACUUGCAGUUUGCCACAUGCUAUGGGCGCGUUCGUCUCGAACUGGACUUUGGCUACUGAUCCCUGCCAUCAACCUGAUGUUGCGACCCUUCAUGGCGUUUACCUCAGCCCGACGAACCUCACAGGCACUCAUGACAUCGUGCCAAUCUUCAGCGCAAGUCGUGCAGCUGGAUUCGUCGACAUCAGGUACCCAUCUCCGUGGAACUAUCUGGGAAAGUCAAAGUACGAAUUCGACGAGAAGUACCCCGAUCCACCAUUUCAGCAAAAGGAGGAUGUACUUUUUUGGCGUGGGGUUACAGAGGAAGGCGUCAGUACAGCGGGAUCUUGGAAGGGCAUGCUGCGUCAGCGGCUGGUGCAUUACCUUAAUUUCAACACGACUUCGCGACUGCCCAUGUUUUUACCAAAGGGCGACCACAGCGACAAACUCGAGUAUAUCAUGAAGCGCAGGUCUGAUGUCAAGAGGCUGCUGGAGACGAAGAUCGACGCCCAAUUCACUGAGCUCAACCACUGCGCAGGCCAAGACUGCGUCGACCAAUCGCACGAAUUCAAGCCCAUCGAUGCCGUCGACCUCAGACACCACUGGCGCUACAGAUAUCUCUUCGACGCCGAUGGCGCCGGCUCAUCGCACCACUUCCUCCCGCUCCUCCAGUCGAACUCCGUCAUCCUCAAGUCCGGCAUCUUCCGCGAAUGGUACUCUGACCGCCUCGUCGCCUGGAAACACUUCGUCCCUGUCGAUCUGCGCCUGCACGACCUCUUCUCCAUUCUCGCGUACUUUGGCGGCUACGGUGUCGAGGAGCGCAACAAGAGGAUGAUGGAGGGCCGUGUCAAGGAGGCCGAGGCUAUUGCGAGGCAGGGUAAGGUCUGGUCGGAGAAGGCGCUAAGGAAGGAGGAUAUGGAAGUCUACAUGUUUAGGCUGCUGCUUGAGUGGGGGCGGCUGACGGAUGACAAGAGGACAGAGAUCGGGUUCAGGUUGGGGAGAGGGAGUCAGGGAUAG